AUGUCGUCGUCUAGGGAGCUACAGUAUUUGGAGUACACAUACAGGAACAACCGUCCCACGACGGGUCUCCUCAACUCCAUCUUCAUGACCACCGUCAACACCGCCGCUCGUUCUCUCGUCUCCGUUGCUUCCACCGCCUCCACACCAGAGCUGGCUUCUAGGCGGUGGUCAGCUUCCGACCACCUCAGGUUCAUGUCUAUGAUGAUGACGUGGCUCACUCUUUGGGUCCUUAGGGUUUUGUUGGACUAUCUUCCUCUUCCUCUCAUCUCUUCUUCUUCUUCUUCUUAUUCUCCCUUUAGUUUUGCUUCGGGUCUUCUUACGGCAGCGGCAGAGAACGCGUUGGUCCCGAAGGUUUCAGCUUCCUCCUCCUCGACGUCGACGGCGUUAGUGAAGUACUCACCGUCGCCGGAUUUGGGUAUGAUGAUUUGUGAUGGCGUUGAUGAGCCUUCCGUUAACUCUCUCGGCAGAGCACUUUGUCACGUACUAGCGCUCAUGAACGAGAUUCCAAUAACAUCAAGAAAAUACCAAUUUGCCUUGGGAAUGGCUGAGAAGAUCAUGGAAGACAACGCUCAGAGUGGCAACAUGGAUCUACUCGACGUCAAUCGAGCGGCCCUUGCGUCCUCCUUUGCACGAACCACGGCGCGUUUGCAGGAGUCUUUGAAGCGCUGCCAAACCAUAGAUGAGCCCUGCUCAUUGAGCAGUCUGCCGCUGCGUGUGGUCAGCGCCCUCCCGCUAGGAGGCUAUGUCGCCUCGUACGUGAAAGGGCUGAGCACUUGCAUCAACACCGUUAGGUCCUUGGCGGAUAUGACUGGUAACUUACUAUCGCAGAGUCGGAGGAGGGAGUCUACGGCCGUGAGAGCCGGCGGUCCUCCGGAAAAUGAGGUUGAGCUGGCGGUCGAGAAGCUGGCAGAAGAGCUGUUGUGGAUGACGGAGAAGCUUAGGCGUUACGAUGCCGUGGACGAAGGGAUAAAGCGGUGGAGCUAUGCUUCAGGUUUAGCUUCCUUGUCACUCACGGCUGCGCCAAGGGUUCAAGGCCUCAUGGUUAAGAUUUCAGCGCUCUUGAUUGGAGAGUUAGCAAGAGACGGCACACAAGUUCCGGGACAAGUGAAGUUUAGGCUCCUUGCAAACUGGCUACCGCUGUUUAGCCACGCGAGGAACGGGCUAGCGUUUCCGGUGCUGACGGGUUACGAGAGGGUUGAGGUGGAACGAGCCAUAGACAAAGCCAUCUCGACUCUGCCUGCGUUGGACCAAGAAAUCUUACUCACAAACUGGCUCCAAGACUUCUCAGUCUCGGCCUCUGAGUGGCCUAACCUCACCCCAACGUACGAUCGUUGGUGCCAAUCCACUCGCCAACUUUUCAUGUAG